AUGAUCACAGCAAUUUUAUGGAGGGCUUUGCUUCGCGCUUCACAGGCAAUAUCAGGGAAAUGGAAGCCGUCAUUAAUGUCAUUUCCAUUGAAUUUACGCUGUAAGCUUAAAUAUCCUGAAGUAAAUAACCCUUUGGGGAAUUUCAUAAUUGAAAUUCCAAUAACAUUUGAACCAAAAGUGAGCAAUAUGGAGUUACAAGACUUCAUAAUAUUGAUUAGAGAGACGGUGCAGAAAAUUAUUAAUUAUUGUGACGUAGCUUCAGCUAACGAUGUUGUUGAAAUGAUGGCUAAUUUAUAUAACAAAAGUUAUGGAGGUCGAGAAUGGGGAGCUAACGAUGAAUUUACGUGCUCGAGUUUGUGCAGAUUUCAUAUGCAAGAAGCAGAUUUUGGAUGGGGGAAUCCAAGUUUAAUGCAUUUUGGAUCAAGACAUAAUCAAGUGCUUUGGUUGUAUUCUACACAAUGUGGCACUAGUCUUGCUGUGCAAAUGGAUCUAAAGGAAAAUUACAUGGACUUCAUUGAACAUGACCAAGAUUUCCUUGCUUUUAUCAAGAUUUAG